AUGGUCAACAUUGAUGCCACAUCUCCAGAACAACGGGGUUUUAUCCAUGGUAGACAUAUCCAUGACUACAAUGCUUUGGCAUCGGAGGCUUUCAAUAUGCUUGACUCUAAAGUUUGGUGUGGGAAUUUGGCUUUCAAGGUGGACAUAACAAAGGCUUUCGAUACGUUUGAUUGGCGCUUCUUGUUGAAAGUCCUCCAAAAGUUUGGUUUUAAUAGCAAAUUUUGUGAGUGGAUUAACAUUAUCCUCAAUUCUGCAAAUCUGUCUAUCAACAUCAAUGGUGCUCUUAGUGCUUUUUCAAGUGCUCCCGCGGUGUUCGACAGGGCGAUCCGCUGUCCCCGUUACUUUUUUGUCUCGCAGAAGAGGUUCUUAGCAGACUGCUCAAUCAAAACUCUCAUCUCCACUUUUCAGGCAUAUGCUGCAGUCUCGGGACAAGUGGUUAAUUGUGACAAAUCCUUCAUUUUUGGAGGUGCUAUGUCUAGUUCCAAGCUUAAUAUCAUGGCUGAUCUAUCGGGUUUCAAGAUAGGUUCUCAGCCUUUUUCCUACCUUGGCGUCCCGAUUUUUAAAGGUAAACCGAGAGCUGUGUUUUUACAACCUAUAGCAGACAAAAUCAUAAAUAAACUGUCUUCAUGGAAAGGUUCUCUGCUGUCCUUUGCUGGUAGGGUGGAAUUAGUGAAGUCCUCUAUUCAAGGGAUGUUAUCUGAUAGCAUGUUCAUUUAUUCGUGGCCGAUUUCUCUUAUUCGUCGUCUGGAGCGUGCGGUUAAGUGUUUUAUUUGGAGUGGUGCAGGGGCGCUCCGCCACUGGAGUGGUGAUUCCAAUAAAACCAAAGUGGUUACCGUGGCUUGGAGUGAUAUGUGUCUUCCUACUGAUGAAGGCGGCCUCGGGCUGCGAUCUUUAGUUAAGCUUAAUGAAGCUUCGAAUCUUAAGCUGGCUUGGGAUCUUCUUUCUUCUUCGGAUUCCUGGGCCAUCCUUAUGAGGCAGAGAGUUAUGAGAAAACACAAGAUCAUUAAUCAUCAUAUCUUCUCUUCCAUUUGGUCUAGCGUCAAAUCGGAGAUGCCCUCUGUUCUUGCUAACUCUUCUUGGUGCCUGGGCAACGGUAAGGAUAUUAGCUUAUGGUAUGCUAAUUGGUGUGGUGCGCCGCUGUUUAGUAGCUUCACUGACCCGACGUCGAUUAAGGAUCAAAAGCCCUUGCAGGAUAGGCGUGUUUGGUCUCACUCUCAGUUUGGUGAUUUAUCUGCAAAGCUUGCGUAUGAGUUUAAGCGGCUUAACGCAGAAGAAACCGAUCAACACCUUUUUUUCGAUUGUGAAUAUGCCUCUUGCCUUUGGAAAUGGCUGCAAAACAUUCUCAACCUUCCCUUUCCUAUCUCCGGAUGGCCCGACAUUUGGAGCAUUUGUAGAAGGUCGUUUUCUGCCCAAUGCAAAACGCUCUCGACAGCGGCUUUCAUUUUCAUCUUCAAUGCAAUUUGGAUGGCUAGGAACAAGGUUAGAUUCCAUAACAUGUUCUGUUCUAUUUCUUCCUCCAUUUCUUAUAUUCUUGACGAUGUCUCCUUAGCGGGGAAUUGUUCCUCUGUUAGUUCUUAUAUCAACAUGGAAGAUUUUAUGAUUAUCAAGAGUUUCGAUGUCUCUAUCCGUCCGCCUAGAGCUCCGAAUAUAUUGGAGGUUAUUUGGAAGCCCCCUCCUAAUGAUUGGUUCAAAAUUUAUUGUGACGGGGCUGCCACUUUAUCGGGUCUAUCUGGUUGUGGUGGGAUAGCUAGAAACAGUGAUGGUGUUUUUUUGGGAGCAUUCGCAUCUUGUUUGGAUGGAGCCAAUUCUCUCACGGCCGAACUCUAUGGUGCUAUCCUAGCAAUUGAAUUCGCCUUUGUGAGAAAUUGGAAUAAUAUUUGGUUAGAGACGGACUCAACCGCAGUUGUCAAAGCUUUCAAUUCUCCGCAUAAGGUUCCUUGGCAAGUUAGAAAUAGAUGGUUGAAUUGCAUCAAUAUUGUUACUAAUUGGAAUUUUUUGGUUUCUCAUAUUUUUAGGGAAGGGAAUAGUUGUGCGGAUGCCCUUGUCAAUCAUGAGCUAACUUUACCUGAUUAUACCUUUUUUUCUUCCAUUCCUUCCUUCUUAAGGGCGGAUUUUGUUAAGAACAGGCUCGGUAUGCCGUUCUUUAGAUUUGUGUCGUUUUGA